AAAAAAAAAAAAAAAAAGCAAAAAAGAGGGGAAAAGCCAAAAGGAAAACGUUUAUAGCUCCUCUCCUUCUUCCUCUAUCCCUGUCUCCCCAUCUCUAUCUCCAUCGCUCUAUCUCUAUAUAUAGUCACACAUAUAUAUACACACAUACACACAUACACACACACACACACACACACACACCACCGACGCUCCUAAAAAAUCGUAUCAUAAAUAAAGAACGAGAAAACCAAAACCCCAAAUCAAAAAACUCCUUGUCGUUUGGUUUUCGUUUUUCCUCAGCCAUGGCGGGUGAAGCUUACGCUCUUCAAACCGCGAACAAUUCCAGUUGCAAUUCGAAGAAGGCGAAGGAGAAUAAGAAGAAGAAGAAGAAGCGUGGUGGGACCAAGAAGAAGAUGACUGCAGAACAGAGUCUGGCUUUGAAGUGUGUUAGAGAGUGGGUUUUCUUGGAUCAAUCUUCUUCUUCUUUGACUGCUUCUUCAUGCGUUGUUGACGAUUUUGGGGCUCAGAAGACUCUUGGGAGAGGUGGGGAGAAGUUGGUCUUUGAAUUGCACUCUCAUUCCAAAUUCAGUGAUGGGUUUCUCUCUCCUUCCAAGCUUGUUGAGAGAGCUCACGGAAAUGGGGUGAAAGUUCUUGCUCUGACAGAUCAUGAUACGAUGUCUGGCGUCACUGAGGCACUAGAUGCAGCACGCAGAUUUGGGAUGAAGAUAAUCCCAGGCGUUGAAAUUAGUACAAUUUUCUCCCCAAGAGGAGAUUCUGAAUCAGAGGAACCGGUACAUAUUCUUGCGUACUAUAGCAGCUGUGGGCCAGCCAGUUUUGAUGAGCUGGAAAAUUUUUUGGCUAAUAUAAGGGAUGGUCGUUUCCUUCGUGCAAAGAAUAUGGUCGAAAAACUGAACAAACUCAAGCUGCCUAUCAAGUGGGAGCAAGUUUCUAGAAUUGCGGGCAAGGGAGUUGCUCCCGGGAGACUGCAUGUGGCCCGUGCUAUGGUUGAAGGAGGUCAUGUGGAGAAUCUGAAACAAGCUUUCUCCCGAUAUCUUUUUGAUGGUGGACCUGCUUACUCUACGGGAAGUGAGCCUCUUGUGGAGGAAGCCGUGAAAUUGAUAUGCAAUACAGGAGGUGUGGCUGUGUUAGCUCAUCCCUGGGCAUUGAAAAACCCAGUUGCCAUUGUUAGGAGGUUAAAAGAAGCUGGCCUUCAUGGUAUGGAGGUUUACAGAAGUGAUGGAAAGCUAUCUGUCUUCAGUGAUCUAGCUGAUAGUUUUGGUCUUCUGAAGAUUGGAGGGUCAGACUAUCACGGAAGAGGUGGGCAUGGUGAGUCUGAACUGGGCAGCGUUAGCCUUCCAGUAUUGGCGCAGCACGACUUUCUUAAAGUAGCUCGACCAAUAUGGUACGGUGCCAUUAGAACCAUUAUAGAAAAUUUUGUUCAUGAACCUUCUGAUACAAAAUUAGCAAUCAUAGCAAGAUUUGCGAGGACCCCGUUUUUAAAAGGAGGUUCCUCCUUGAGCGGCUGCAAGGACAUAAUUGAUCGUUGCCUAGCUUUGUGGCUGACAAAUGACGAGAUUCAUUGCGCAGAGUUUGAGGCCAUCAGAUUGAAGCUUUCCCAUAUUUCAUUUAGUUCCAAUGAUUCCAGCUUUUUGUAGACAAUUAAUAAAUUUCAAGUACAAUAGUAUAGACAUGUACGGAUUUACUUCCUGCAUGUAGGUGGCAGCUAAUUUAUUCUUGAGAGAGAUAUUUUUUUUUGGAAUUUCUAUCUACUGCUGGACUGAGAAGACUUUUAGCUUUCUUUUUGUUUUGAUUUGAGAAGGGAAUAGGAAUUACCAGGGAAAAAAAUGUACGUAGCCUUGGAAGGAUCUCAGAGAAUUUUAAAGGAACGACAUUAUUUUGGCAUUCACUCAACUUACUUUCUGAUAUUCUACUUACA